AUGAACGUAAUACCUUGCAGAACAUGCCUGAGUAAUAAUGUUGAUAAUGAUAUGACUGAAUUACCAAAUAGUAUACAUGAGGACAAAACAUAUUUUGAAAUAAUGUUAUUUUGUUUAGAUAUUACGGUCAAUAGCGGCUCCAACAUUAGUACAAAGUUGUGUGGCAAAUGUUUUAUAAAAAUUAUCGAAAUUUUCAAGUUUAAAAAGCAAGCUUUAUUAAGUGAAGAAUAUUUAAAAUCAUUGGUAAACAAUGAAGUGUAUGUAGAUGAUCAUAGUAAUAACACUUUUCAAACUAAAAAUAAAUGUGAAGUAGAAGCUUAUAUUGAAGAUGAUUUUAAAAUUAAUGAUGUAAAAGAAGAAGUUAAAUCUGAUGGAUUCCAAUCAGAUGAAGAAUUUCUAAGUGUCCUAAAGAAUGUUAAAUAUGAAUAUGUUACUGAAGAUGCAAAAGAGAAUGUUUCAACGAAUACAGUAAAAAAACGUGCAUGUAAGAAAAAGAAGACAUUAAACAAUCAAAAAGAGCAUAGUUUUCAAUGUGUGGAAUGUGGUAAAAAAGUUCGUAAUAUUAAGGAACACAUGCUUUUACACUUGCCUAAUGGUGCACCAAAGAGAUUCAAAUGCAAAUAUUGUGAUUCAUCAUUCCCAAGACCCAGUGCUCGUUAUAGACAUGUUAAAUAUAAACAUCUUGGAUAUAAAGAACACUGUGACAUUUGUAACAAAGAUAUAAAUAGUCUCAAAGUACAUAAUAUGUUAGUUCAUGAUAUUAACAAGAUGAAAUAUGAGUGUAAAAUUUGCAACCAAAAGUUCAUAUCCCCAUCUAGAGUACAAGAGCAUGUGGCUGCUGCCCAUACAAAAGAAAGGCCGUAUCCUUGUGAUGUGUGUGGCAAGACCUUUAGAACUAAGCAAGUUAUGAUGUUCCACAAACGUCAAGUGCACGAUAAAGAGAGAUCCCAUCUAUGUCAAAUCUGCUCUAAGAGUUACUUUAAAAAAGACCACUUAUUAAUCCAUAUAAGGAGCCAUACAAAGGAGAAACCUUAUGAGUGUACCGAAUGCGGGAAACGCUACGCAACAAGUACUUCAUUGAAAAAUCAUCGUAUGUUGCACAACGCGAGUAAGGAAUUUGCUUGUAAGCUCUGUGAAAUGUCCUUCGCUUUACAAAGGUAUUUGGACAGACACAUGGUAGUGCAUACUAAAGAAAAGAAAUACCCUUGCAGCUACUGUGGGGUGUGUUUCCUUCGGUCCGAUCAUCGAAACCGACAUCAGAAAACUGCCCACGAGAAACCACACACGAAUAGCAUGGAAUAA